UAACAUUUACUAAAGGCGUGGUUAACUUCAUAUAAUCCCAAUAAAUUAAAGAAAUGGUCUUGUUUUCAUUAUAGUGAUAAAUUAAAAAACCUAUUGUUGUAAUUAAAAUGAUAUCAUCAUCGGUUAAUAACUUAAUUUCAAGUAAUUUAAUAUUUCGAAUGACACCAACUUUAAAUUCUGUUGUUUUUGGUUUAGUUAAUUCCCAUUCGCUACUAACAUCUGCUUUUUUAAAAACUCGCAACAUUAUUUUAUUAUUAUCAAUAAUUUUAAUUUUCCAAGCUUGCAAUGAUUUAUCAGUUAUUAUAAUUCGUUCAACUAAAUUUUGAUCUUUUAGUUUUACUUUUCUUUCAUAUUCAGUUUUAGAACUUGAUACUUUUUGAAAUAAUUCACGUAUUUCCUUAUUAUAAUAUUUAAAUAAAUUAAUAGUUAUGUAAACAUCGAAUUCAUCGUAUUGGUCACUAAUGUCUUCAAUAACUUGUACGUCGGAAUUUUGGGAUGAAAAAUUUAUUUUUGGUAUAUUUUCUUCUAAUUUAAUUUUCCAAACAUCUCCAUCUAAA